AUCAUCCUCAAGAUGUCAAUAUGUUCUUAUUUGAGUUAUUAACUUUGGGCAUAGUUUCUACCAAUGUGGAUAUUGCUUGUCUUCCGUCUUCAGAAACCCCGACUCAUAUAUUUAUCGAAGUAGCCUCAUCUGCUGAACAGCAUUUUCUUAAUUCCCUUCCUGUGACCGGAUAUCUAUUAUUUAAUCAUUUAACUUGGAAUAUAAAAAAUUUGAGAAUUUCUCGAGAAAUUAGUAGUCCAAUUCAGGUUACUUGUCAAUAUUUGAAUUUGUAUGAUCGUAAAGAAAUAGAUACAAGAGACAUACUUUUCCAAACCGAAAAAGCAAUCAAAGACCCAUUACCGGAAGAACGUUGUCAAAAUCUUAUAGCGAAAUAUUUCUUUGACAAAAGUUCCGAUGAUAUUUCUUCGUUUAGAUUCAUUGAAGUAUUUAUUAAUUUUCUUGCAGAUCAAUUAGUUCGACUAUCAUCAAGUCAAUUUUUUGCUGCAGAAAAUCUGGUAAAAGAAACAAACAUUAGGUCUUUAAUAGUUGGAAAUUUGAUAGAAGUUUCGAAAGAUUUUGCAACUAGAUCUAUUAAAUCCAAAGUUGCGCAACUUGAAUCUAUGAAUGACGAUGAUGGAAAUGUUCGUUUUGGUAAAAUUAUUCAAUGGGACGAUUCAAAUCAUAUUUUAGUAUUUUUUAAUUCCCAAACUCCCGAUAGUAUAUCAGCUUUAUAUCGUGACAGAACAAAAGUACAUGAUAAUAUUAAAAUACUAUUAAAAAGUCAAGUAAUCGGCGAUCAAACAAAGUGGGAAUUAGAUGAUUACAAUACAAUGUCAGCGUACGCUCUCUUCACGAAAUUAGAAUAUUUAGCACGAAGAUCUACAGAAAAGUUAGAACUUCCAGAAUACGCUUUAUCCGGUGAUAAUUUAAUAAAGAUGGCUCUAAUUCUUUUGAGAGCGCGUGCUCACAUUCCGGUUAUUGUUUGUGGUGAAGCAGGAUGUGGCAAGACAAGUUUAAUUGCCUAUUUAGCUAAGAUGGUUGAAGUUCAAUUUCAAGCUCUUAAUCUCCAUGCUGGAAUUAGCAAAGAGAUUAUUAUGAUGUUUAUUAAAGAUGCUUUGAAACUUGCAGAAAAAGGCGAGAUUUGGUUAUUCUUUGAUGAAAUCAAUACUUGUAAUCAUAUCGGGUUACUUGCAGAUUUAAUAUCUCAUCGAAUGCUUGAUG